AUGAAUAGUGCAGAUAACACGUCUCGGUCUCUAGAGGACGAAAAACUUUCUGAUAAUGGCACUCCAGAAGAUGUAGAUCUGGAGAGGUUGGCUUCUCAUGUGUCGGGCAAUUUAGCCUCCUUGCGUGCCAAUGAAGACGAACCUAUAGAUCCAAGAACAUUGGAUUGGGACGGCCCUGAUGAUAUGGCUAACCCGCAUAAUUGGCCUGCUUGGAAAAAAUGGUACGCUACAAUGGUCGCUGCUCUGCUGUGUUUAGUAGUCACGAUGGGUUCCUCAUUGUACGUCUCAGGUGUGCCUGAGUUAGUUCUCAGAUACCAAAUCAACCAGACCCUGGCUUUAGCCGGGUUGACUUUUUAUUUGUUAGGGUUGACAACCGUCAUUGGAGCUCCUUUGAGCGAAGUGUUCGGUCGUAAACCAAUCUAUUUGAUUUCUUUACCUAUAUCAAUGCUGUUCACAAUGGGUGUGGGUCUGUCAGGCGGUCAUAUGAGAAUUAUCUUGCCUUUGAGAUUUUUUUCUGGUGUAUUCGGUUCUCCAGCUUUAUCGGUUGGCUCCGGUACCAUUUUGGAUGUAUUCGAUAUGGAUGAAGUCCCAAUGGCAAUGGCUAUGUUCUGCCUAGCUCCUUUCUUAGGUCCUAUCAUUAGUCCUGUCAUGGCGGGCUUUGCCACAGAGAAACAAGGUUGGAGAUGGGCAGAAUGGAUUCAAUUGAUUGCAGGUGGUUUGAUUUUGCCAUUCAUUGCUCUCAUGCCAGAAACACACAAGGUCGUCAUCUUGACAAAGAGAGCUAAAGAGAGAAAAUUGAACUUGAAAAAACCAACGCCAGAAGAAUAUAAGGCGUUUUUGAAAUUGACACUAACAAUCACGAUUCUAAGACCUUUGAAAAUGCUAGUCGUUGAGCCAAUUGUAUUGGUUUUCAGUAUUUACAUAGCAUUCAUUUUUGCAGUAUUAUUUGCUUUCUUCGAAGCUUAUCCAGUCAUUUAUAGGGGUGUUUAUCAUAUGAGCUACGGUGUAGAAGGAUUAACAUUCAUCGGGAUAGGUGUCGGUUUGUGGAUAGGUGCAGUACUGUACAUGGUGCUAGAUAGAAAAAUAUUAAAUCCAGCUCCUCCACCAGGAACUCCACCACUCGCUAAUCCUACAAGUCUAAGAACUCGUCCAUAUAGAGGUAAAAGAGGUCCAGAUGGUGAAUUAUUACCUCCGCAUCCGGAGAACUUCUUACUAGCUUGCAAGAUUGGCUCUAUUGCGUUACCAAUCGCUUUAUUUUGGCAGGCAUGGACAGCAAGAUCGGAUGUUCAUUGGAUGGCCCCGAUCGCAGCAGGUGUCCCAUUCGGUUUCGGUUUAAUUCUAAUUUUCUUCAGUGUUUUAAUUUAUUUCUCAUACUCAUACCCACCGUUAUACGUCGCAUCAGUCAUUGCUGCUAAUAACAUGCUAAGAUAUUUGAUGAGUAGUGUUUUCCCCUUAUUUACUGUUCAAAUGUAUGAGAAUUUGACAAUUAAGUGGGCUUCCACAUUAUUUGCUUUAGUUUGUGUCGUUAUGAUACCUGUCCCGUGGAUUUUUGAAAGAUGGGGUCCAAAACUAAGAAACAUCUCCCAAUUCGGUUGGGCAGCCAUGGCAAGAGAACAAGCAAAGUUGAAGCAAGAAGAAGAAGAGAGAGAUCAACAUGCAAAGUUAGAUAAAACCAUGAGUAACAUACUAGAACCUAGUCUAACUCAAAGUUUAUCUCGUGUUGUCACUAACAUCAGUACAAAAUCAUUUCGUUCAAACCAUGAUGGACAUGAUAUGAAACAUAAAACAGCCAACAAUAACAUCGACUCUGCAAGAGAACAACGGUCGUUAAAUGAAGCUAACUUAUUUGAAGAAUUGGAUGGUAAUGAAUCCUUUAAAUCUGUAUCCGAGAAUAGUAAUGGCAUAUCUUCUUAA